CAAUUUUCCCAGUAAAAAGAAAAAUACGUAACUUCCCAAUUUGCCCAUCUCUCUCAUCCCAACUUACAAUCGUGCCAGCUCUCGCCGAUCAAUUGAAACUCUCGCCGCCGCCGCAAUAGCUCAGCUCCGCACCGGUGGUGGAUUCAGCCGGACAGUUCUGGUGGCUCGCGAAACUCCGUGAUUUAGUAGCAUUAGAUAGUGAAGAUGCCUCGUAGGCCGAUGAGGCAUCGUGGACUGGUGAUAUCGCGUCCUCUGACCUUUUCCCAAUUUGCUCGUCAAUCAGCCGCUAGGAUUGCCUCUGUUUAUACUGCCAAGCGUCAAAUGCACACCGCAGAAGUCCUUCAAAAAUCACCGCCAAACUCCGCAGGUAAUAAAUCAGUAAAGAAUAAGUUGAAAGCCAAGAAGGAACAGUCUGAAUCUUCUGAAGAAGAAGAGUUUGAUGGAAAUGUUCAAGUAGAUUUUGCAUUCUUUGAUCCAAAAGCCGAUGACUUUCAUGGAGUGAAGACCUUGCUGCAGACCUACCUUGAUGAUAAAGAGUGGGAUUUGAGUGGUUUUGUAGACUUAAUUUUGGAACAGACCACUGUAGGGUCUGUUGUUAAAAUAGAGGAUGACGAAGAUAAUGGAAUUUUUGCUCUUGUUACCGCCCUUAACUUGGGGAGAUACAAGGACCAGAAAUGUAUGACAGAGAUUAAGGAGUUUCUCCUGAAAGUUUCUCAGGAGGAUGUAAUAGAUGACCUGAGAUCACUUUUGGGAAAGGAAGCACAUAGUGUUGGUCUGUUGGUCUCUCAACGUGUGACAAAUUUAGCUCCACAGCUCUUGCCGCCUCUUUAUGACGGCCUCUUUAACGAAGUCUCUUGGGCUACUGAAGAUGAGCCAACAGAGGAGCUCAAGAAUUCCUUUCGAUUUAAGUUUUAUAUAAUAGUCGCUAAAUUUUACAAGCUCAAAACUGCUGACCAGAAAAGGAAGCAUAAUGUUAAUGAAGAGGCAAUAAUAUAUUUAAAGCCAGAAGAUGAAAUAUUUCACAAGCUCAGCUCCUGGUCCUUUGAAUUUUCUUUGAACUCUCCACAGAUUGCACCUCAUGAGCUAAGAAACUAUCAGCAAACGGGGUUAGUCAUGUCUGUUAAAGCAGACAAGAUCUCUACGUUCCAACAACAGCUGCAAUCUUUAAUCGAGGAACCUUGAUUCUCAUUGAAAGGUCCCAAAUGUUGAUUUCCUUUUGCCGCUGCCUGAAUAAUAGAGAGAGCUAGAGGCGGUGAGGAUCUAAGAACCGUUCAUUAACUUUAUUUGGUCCCAAACGGUCCCUCCCUCCCUCCCUCAUAAGAUUCAUCGAGAAAGUGAAGUCUCUAACGGAAGGUACAGACAUGUAUGGAGCAACGUGUCGUGGACCAGUAUGCUCUCUAUUAUCUUGGAUAUCUAAUAUGAACCAAUAAGGAAAAUAGACAAAUAGGGAAUACCAUCUGGAUGAGAGUAAGGGAUUAUGAAUUUAUGCAAAAGAGCAAAGAAUAGUACCAUCGACUUCCGUUAUUUGGUCUUAAAACUUUUGUGUGGCGGUUAGAACAAUAAGUAGGGUUUGUUCUUUUAACGUUGACAAUUUCUUUGAAAUUCCUUUGUCUUUACACAGUUAAUUACAUGCAUAAUUUAGUCGA